GCUUGCCGUUGCUCGCACGACAGCAAGCAAGUUUCGGUGAAAUUUAUUACUUAUGAAAUAAAACCAGUGCCAUAUUAGAGUGACAUUUAGUUGACAGGAGCGCUGCCGUUCGAUCACACACAAAAAAUCACCGGUGCUAGCUAUCAACCAAAAAGUGAAACACAAUGGUUUACUACGGACCUGCCCCGAACGUGUGGAGUCCCACUACGCUGCUGAGCAAUCUGACCGUCGUCGAUAGUGUGCCGCAGGAGAUGCUACACCUAGUGGAUCCCCACUGGUACCAGUUUCCACCACUGAACCCGCUGUGGCACUCCAUCAUCGGGUUCGUCACUUUCGUCCUCGGUGUAAUCUCCAUUAUUGGCAACGGAGUGGUGAUUUACAUUUUCUCCACGGAAAAAUCGCUGCGCACACCGUCCAAUCUGUUCGUGGUGAAUCUAGCCGUGUCUGACUUCACAAUGAUGCUGACCAAUUCCUUCCCCAUGGUGUACAACUGUUGGUACGAGACCUGGGUGCUGGGUACGCUCAUGUGCGACCUGUACGCUUACAGCGGAUCGAUUGUCGGGUGCUGCUCUAUUUGGACCAUGACAAUGAUCGCGCUCGAUCGCUACAACGUCAUCGUGAAAGGUCUAUCCGGCAAACCGUUAACCAAUUCUGGUGCGAUUCUGCGAAUCAUCUUCUGUUGGAUGGUCGGAAUAAUCUGGGGUGCACUGCCAAUGCUUGGCUGGAGUCGUUAUGUCCCCGAGGGAAACAUGACUGCGUGCGGUACCGACUAUUUAAGCGACGAAUGGAUCCACAAAUCGUACAUCUUAUGUUACUCGGCAUUCGUUUAUUACACCCCGCUGUUCACUAUCAUUUAUUCGUAUUAUCACAUCGUUAAGGCCGUCUCAGCACACGAGAAAACCAUGCGUGACCAGGCCAAGCGUAUGAAUGUACAAUCGCUACGCUCCGGAGACGAUGGCAAAUCGGCCGAAAUGAAACUAGCUAAGAUCGCUCUGGUGACCAUUUCGCUGUGGUUCAUGGCCUGGACGCCAUACACAAUCAUUAACUAUACCGGUAUCUUCAAAACGGCUACAAUCUCACCAUUGGCCACGAUUUGGGGUUCACUCUUCGCCAAAGCAAACGCAGUCUACAACCCGAUCGUGUACGGCAUUAGCCAUCCAAAGUAUCGAGCUGCGCUGAACAGACGUUUCCCGGCGAUCUCGUGUAGCGAUCCUCCGGAAACUGGCGAGGAAAAAUCGGUAAUGUCAGAGACUACGGCUGUCGCCGAAGACACGAAGACUCCGAGUGCGUAGGCUGUCGGGAGGGUUCACAUAUGAAAACUCAAUGCAGACGAAUGGCUGGCUCUUUUGUUAAAUUUAGGUGCAUGCAACGACCGGAUUCCAGUAUCGGUGAAGACCAUGACGCAGAAACAUGGUUGAUUCCUAGGUCGUGUGAGUUCUCCUGAAGACAAACUCUUAUUUGUAAAAGGUUAUAUGAGCAAAUUCUAAGUAUACGAGAGGUAGAACCUUCGUAUCAAA